UUGGACCUCAACGACAUGGAUUUACCCCGCAUCUUGUAUAAGGGACCUCCGAAUAUCCGAAGCGAAGGCGCCCUGGUAGACCUCAGGGUUGCCCAAGCGCCGGGCGGCCAAGUGAUUCAACGUUUCCCAGAACAAUUUGGCACCGCGGCGCCCCGCAGGAUGGCAAUCAUUGCCGUUUGGCGCGGCGAGGCCGGGGGGGUGGCUCUAACUGCACAUGUACAUGAGAUCGAUUGACCUCUCGCGUGCUUGAUAUGAUUUCCCUGCCCUCGGCAACUCGUACUCAUCCAGAGCUUUAAAGUCCUCGAGACACCGGAUUCCGGUCUAGGCAGUAUGGAGCAGGUUCUCGUCGUUCGAGACACGGUUUGACUUCGAAAACUCUCGCUGUGACUUGCGCUCAUAGUCUCCGAACGUCCAACAUGGGGAAGCCAGAUGAUAUGAACAUUGACGAUACCAAGGCGGCGGAGGCCGUGGUUGUGGAGGAUGUUAACAAGCUCCACCUCACGGUCAGCCAAGAGGCUGCCACGCCAGGAGAGGGAGAGGCGAUGAUGACCAAGGCUAAGUGGUUGGCAUGUAUAGCUCUCGGCUUAGGAUACACGACGCAAUUCCAACAAGGAGCGUGUACCGGAGCUAUCUUGAAAAGCAUUGACGAAGAGCUGGGACCGACAAACUACUACAAUUGGAUGCUCGGUGCAAAUACCAUUGCAACUGCCGUGACAUUGCCACUGGCAGGAGGCAUAUCAGAUAUCAUCGGUCGACGUUGGUUCUUGAUCUACGGUGGUGUGCUAGGCAUCAUCUCUGGAAUUGUGGCGGUAUCGGCCCAAAGCAUUCCUCAGGUCAUCGCUAGCAGCGUGCUUGCCGGUAUGGGUGGAGGCGCACAACAGCUUGCCCUCGCUGCAACCGGAGAACUCGUCCCCAACAAGCACCGAGGGAAGGUCCAAGCCUGUCUCGAUCUUGCCAUCCUCCCAUGGACAAUCUUCGGAACUCUCACUGGUGGAGCCAUGGUCACGUACCACAGUCUCACGUUCCGGAUCAACUUCAUUAUCGGCAUCAUCCUCAACACCAUCUCUUGCCUCAUGGCUUUUUUCUGCUACUUCCCCCCUACCAGGACCCACAAGCUCAUUGAGCGUGGAACGACGAAGUGGAAGGCUCUCGCCUCUCUUGAUUGGAUCGGUGUGGGUUUCCUCACUGUCGGACUCGUGCUGCUUCUGGCCGGCGUGGCUCUGGGAGGCGCAACAUACCCCUGGGAUCAUCCUGGAUGGAUCGUUCCUACGGUCCUUGGGUUCGUCUCACUCGUGUCUCUUGGUUUUUGGGAGUGGAAAGGGACCAAGGAGCCAUUCAUGGCCAGAGAACUCUUCGCCGGCAAACUCCGCACGUUCGUGCUGUUCCUCUGCGUCGAUUUCGUCGCUGGAAUGGCCUUGUAUGCCAGUGCGGCGUUCUGGGCGCAGCUCUGCAGAGGGGUCUGGCAGGUGACCCCGAUCAAGGUUGGCGUCUUGAGCAUUCCCGGAGGAUUCGGCGGUGCAAUUGGGGGCUUUGCUGCCGGGAUGGUGAUCGGUCGCUACAAAUACACUUCCACCAAACACUGUCUUAUCUUCGGCACCAUCCUCAAGAUCAUUGCAGAUGUCAUGCUCAUGCACCUGAAGCCAGGAACCAUCCCUCUGGGACUCGGGACUGGUUUCAUCUCGAUGGUCUCCACCGGCUGGACUAGCGUGUCCCUUAUCGUCUGCGUGCAACUCACCUGCGAAGAUGAGGACAUCGGUCUUGCUACGCUGAUGCUAGGAUCCGUCCGCGCAGUUGGUGGUUCCGUCGCGGUCACCAUCUACUCCAGCCUGUUGACCAACACAAUGAAGACCGACGCAGGUCCGAGGGUCGGGGAGGUGGUGUUGAAGAUGGGCCUGCCCAUAUCUUCGUUACGACCGCUCGUCCUAUUGCUCAUCAACGAAGACACGGAGCUCGCAGGUCACCUGCCCGGUAUGACGCCGGAAAUUUUGCAGGCCGCGCGGGAUGCGCUCGCCUGGUCGUGGACACUCGCCUUUAAGCGCGUCUACACUGCCGCCACCGCGUUCGCUUGCCUCGCUUGCGUCGCUGCGAUAUUCACGAAGGACGUGUCACACGCGAUGACGGACCAUGUAGCGGUUCGACUUGAGAAUGAGAAAGAGAAGGAAAAGGAGAUUACAACAGCUUAAGAAGGUAACCCGCGCAUGAUACUGAUGAAAGGCGUAUCUCUGUCCGUCAAUAGGGGUAUUAGUGCAAUGAAAUGGAUUCUCUUGAUUGACUUGCAAAUUUCGAUAUAU